UCUACAGUCGUUCGCAGUCCGCUGGUUGCUCGUCGCCAAUCUUUGUAAACACGUCCUUCAGGUCUGGUACGUCGUCGUUGUUCUUCUCGUUACGAGCACCAUUUCGAGACGAGACUGCACAAUCCGGCUACCUAAGCAGCAUCCGCGGCCACCGAGCGACUAAGCAACGAUGGCUGAAGGGCCAGGUGAUCAGCAACCUGCGGGUUCUGGGCAGGACCAGGCCUCAGGAGGAUGGUCAUGGGGUUCUAUUUUCCAAGCAGCACGAGAUAAGUCGGCGGAAGUAAUGGAAUUUGUCAAGCGGGAUUUGGAUGAAUUUUCCGUCGCAAUGAGCAACCAAGCAAGCAACGUUGUUACUUCGACUGCCACCGUCCUUAAAGAUAAGCUCAAGCUGGACGAUGAAGAGUCGACAGCUGGCUCCAUGAAAAAGAGCAUAUCUACUUUGCUGGGGCAGGUGAAUGAAGUGCUCAACCCGCAGCCUGACGACGAGGACGAAGAGGCCAUGGUCAUCCAAGGCGACCAACCGGUUUCUCUUUCGCCCUUCCAAAAGAAGUUGGUUGAUCUGGCUAACGACGGAACAACCUUCCUGAUUGACCCUGCCGAAGACAAAAUCCUUGCUCCUCAAUUCCAAGCUUGGUUAGAAUGCCAAGAGGAAAAUUCCAUGAACACCAACCGUCUCACUAGAAUGCUGGCCUCCAACGCUCACCUGAAAGCCAAUUACGAAAAACUUGUUCCCGAUGAGAUUUCUCAUCAGCAGUUCUGGCAAAGGUUUCUCUUCCAGAAGGCUUUGUUGGAAGAUGAGGAAGCUCGGCAGCAAGCGAAACAAAAGAGGCUGGAGGAGGAAAAGCUAAAAGCUGAGGAAGAAGUUCAGAAAUCAGCUCUGAAACACGGCGUCAAGGUUGGCAGUAGUGUGCAGCUUUCCGAAGAGGAACAAAUAAGGAUUUUACAGGAAUACGAAAUGGAAUGCGAGGCUGCGGCCAGAAUUUCAGCCGAUCUGCCAAUGAAACCUGACCACUAUUCUCCUCCUGGAAGAGACCAUUUAAAACCCGCCGACAUUAAAACCAGGGACAAACGUGACAUGGUCAUCGUUGGUGAGGGUCCUAGCAACAGUAGUAGUGGACAGACGUCUGUUGCGGACAAAGAACUGUUGAAUCACGAUGAGAGCAUUGAUGGUGACUGGGAGAAAGAGUUUGACUUAGAAGAUGUUGAAGACGAAGUUUCAGCAGGAUGAAGAGUAGUUUUCCUGGACUCGUAAUAGACUAAAAAUAUCAAGGGUACGGUUCCAAGAGAGUGAGUGAGUGACGUGGGAUUUGCUAGUCAGCAGCAAGAAUGGCAUUUUUGUGUGACUGUUUGAUUGAAUUGAAUCUUGAUGCAAUCGGAUAAAAGCUAGCAAGCAAACAAGAAAGAACGAGCGUAUUUUGGCAAACUUGUGAUUCCAGAGUGGUUGUCCUCUUUAUAGACGCUAAGUUUAACAGCAUAACUUUUUAUUUCUUAAUGUUUAAGAAGCAUUAUCAGUGCUUGCCAUUAGCGUAAAAUGGCAUAUUGAUUGAGCGUAUGUACCUCUGGAAAGCAGCCUCCAAUACAUAGGCGUCGCUUGCAGGCAUUUACUUGAAAAUUUUAGGGCAGAGGUCAGAUUGAUUUUUCUUCGACAUAUGUAUCACUGCACUUUUGGGUCUAAUCCUGCUCGACGCAUACAUUUUAUCUAUUAAAUUUGUUAUUCUAUGAGAAUAAAAGAGAUAAUUUUGAAUGUAACCUACAUAAUUGACUACUUUCAUUUAAGAAAUCAAAUCAAAAUUUUUUAUUCAAAUUGUAUGACUGGCUUACUAUUUAAAAAAAAAAAAAAUUAAGAAA